UAUCUUUUGGCCGCCGUUCUUUGGUUGUCAUGGACAAGACUAGAUCUGCCUUUUUCUGUGCAAGAUUUCGUGUGCAUCGGCAGAUCUUUUGCUUCCAUUCUGCCAAUUCAUAGUUGUAGAAUGGAGGAUGAUUCAGAAAAGAGUCGGUUUUCGUAGGAAGGCGUUGCUAGGAACAUAUCAGCAUAUUUCCUAAGUCUGCAGCUUUAAUCCUGCAUGGAUCGCAGCAACUGCGACUCUCUGGAACAUAAACAUGGUGAAGAUAUGCUGCAUCGGUGCCGGCUACGUCGGUGGCCCGACCAUGGCCGUCAUCGCUCUGAAAUGCCCUUCCAUUGAGGUGGCUGUCGUCGACAUCUCCGUCACUCGCAUCGCUGCAUGGAACAGCGAUCAGCUCCCGAUCUAUGAGCCGGGGCUUCAAGACGUCGUCAAGGAGUGCCGAGGACGGAACCUCUUCUUCAGCACUGACGUAGAGGAGCACGUCAGCGAGGCCGACAUCAUCUUCGUCUCCGUGAACACACCCACCAAAACCCGUGGCCUCGGUGCCGGGAAGGCCGCUGACCUCACCUACUGGGAGAGCGCGGCUCGCAUGAUUGCCGAUGUCUCCAAGUCCAACAAGAUCGUGGUUGAGAAGUCCACCGUACCCGUCAAGACCGCCGAGGCCAUCGAGAAGAUCUUGACCCACAACAGCAAGGGCAUCAAUUACCAGAUCCUCUCCAACCCGGAGUUCCUCGCAGAGGGCACGGCCAUCGAGGACCUGUUCAACCCCGAUCGAGUGCUCAUCGGUGGGCGGGAGACGCCGGAGGGGAGGAAGGCUGUCCAGGCGCUGAAGGAGGUCUACGCCAAUUGGGUUCCCGAGGAUAGAAUCAUCACCACCAAUCUCUGGUCUGCUGAGCUAUCCAAGCUCGCCGCUAAUGCUUUCUUAGCUCAGCGGAUCUCGUCGGUGAACGCCAUUUCGGCACUCUGCGAGGCCACAGGGGCCAACGUGGCCGAGGUGGCCUUUGCUGUGGGAAAGGACACCAGGAUCGGGCCUAAGUUCUUGAACGCAAGCGUUGGAUUCGGCGGCUCCUGCUUCCAGAAGGACAUCCUCAACCUGGUCUACAUCUGCGAGUGCAAUGGCCUCCCGGAGGUGGCCAACUACUGGAAGCAAGUCAUCAAGAUCAAUGACUACCAGAAGAGCAGGUUCGUGAACCGGGUGGUUUCCUCCAUGUUCAACACCAUCGCCGGCAAGAAGAUUGCCGUUCUCGGGUUCGCAUUCAAGAAGGACACCGGCGACACGAGGGAGACUCCGGCCAUCGACGUCUGCAAGGGCCUUUUGGGUGACAAGGCCAAGAUCAGCAUCUACGACCCCCAGGUGACGGAGGACCAGAUCCAACGCGACCUUGCGAUGAACAAAUUCGACUGGGAUCACCCUCUCCAUCUCCAGCCGAUGAGCCCAACGGCGGUGAAGGAGGUGUCCGUGACCUGGGACGCGUAUGAGGCCACCAGGGGAGCACAUGGCGUCUGCAUCCUCACCGAGUGGGAUGAGUUCAGAAAGCUGGACUAUGCCAAGAUCUACGAGAACAUGCAGAAGCCAGCUUUUGUGUUCGACGGGCGCACCGUGGUGGAUCCCGAGAAGCUUAGGGAGAUUGGAUUCAUCGUUUACUCGAUCGGGAAGCCAUUGGAUCCAUGGCUUAAGGAUAUGCCUGCUGUGGCGGCCUAAUUGGAAGAUUACUCGGUUCGAUUUCGAGGUUCAAGACGUAGUUCCUUCAUUAUUAUUAUCUGGAUAUUUUUCUUUGAUGAUCUAUGUUGCAGUUACACGGUGCGGUGACUGCACCGUCAUCCUGCCUCUGUCAUUAUACUUUAUAUGGAGUGUUUUUAUUGCAUUAAAUGAAAUAACUAAUUCUUUC